AUGAUGUGUAAUUCAUUCAUCACUGCUGCUACUUCAACAACAGCAACAACCAUGCCAGCAGCGGCAUCUUCUCGUGUUUUGCCCAUCAGGUAUGAUCAUGAUCAACAUCGGCAGUGGAGGAGAAGAAAUGGGAUUGCUAUUGUUUCAGUUUCAGCUUCAGCUUCCCCUCUUUCCAUCAAUCAGAUGAACAUGGACUCUUCUUCCCGUCGUCUCAAAACUUAUCAGGAGGUUGUCAAGUCCGCAAGGGAAAAGUUCACCCAGGAAAUCUCAUUCCAACCCAAGGACAAAGACAUUUCUCUUGCUAAGGCUUUGCUGUACAUUGCAGCAGAAGAUGAGGCAUUCAUCGCUCUCAAUCGAGAGAUGGAUGCUUGCUUACUCCGGAAUGAGAGGUCAGAUUUUUCAGCUGCAUCGAAUGCCCAGGAGUGGGAUUGUGUGGAGCAGAUGCCGUUGGCUGGAAAGACAAUAAGUCAGUGGGUCAGUGAGUUGGACGACAUUACAAAGGAUGUCGAAGCAGAGCUAGUUUCACGAGACAUAGGUUGCCAUUUGGUUGAACUUUUGGAUGCAGUGAAUUUAGUUCUUUUUGAGUUGAGAGGCUUCAAAAGAUCGCCUGUUGUUGUAGAUUCCAAGUAUUCAUACUUGCACACGGUAUUAAGCACCAGAUGUGGCAGUGCAAUUUUGCUUAGUAUAAUUUACAUUGAAGUUUGUAGAAGACUUGGUCUAACCAUUGUGGGAUCCCGAGUUGGGGAAGAUUUUUUGAUAUGGCCUCAAAUGGGGAACCCAGAGGAGCUCUUCAAGGUAACGUCAGGACACAGCUUGUUUGCAAUUGUCAACGGAAGGUGUGUUGAGGAUCCUAGAUCAAAGGCAUCGGAUUUGACUGGACACUCUCUUUUGGGGCUUGAGAUAGCUACAAAACGGGACAUUAUCGGGAUUGCUCUGGCCAAUUUGAUUAGGCUCCAUUGGAAACGUGCUUCGAGAUCAAAUCCUGGAUUGAUGCUGACCUCUCCACUUAGGCAUGCUCAUAACACUGACGACAGGUUUAACAAGAUCCAUAAUUCAAGUAUGCCUUUGGUUCGGCCUCAAGAUCUUAGGCUGGCUAUCAUGGCUUCGGAAAGAUUGUUGACUCUGCAACCACAUAAUUGGGCUUUGAGGAGAGACCAUGGCAUGAUGUUGUACUAUAAUAGGAAAUAUGGUCAGGCAGUGCAAGAGCUUAGCAUUUGCAUGGCGUUUGCACCAGAAGAGGAUGCCAAAGUCCUAGAAGCAUUUGUUGAGAAAUUGCACUUGUUGCGGCUUGAGUCAUCGUGGAAGUCUUUUGGACACACAGGUCAACUAACAGUUCCUUGA